AUGCCAAAGCUGAUGUUGAGACUCGAAGCAAAUGACCUCCAGAACCUCGGGGUCACGCCCUGGUUCUCCUACAACACCACUUUGCCAAAGCGCCCGCUGCCCAGCCUCUCCGAGCGACCCCAUUUCAAGACGGAACGCCUCCUCGUGCGGCCCAUUGGCCCAGACGAUCUCGAUGCAUUCUACGAGCUUCGAAAGUGUGCAGAGACACAGGAACACUCCAAAACACGGGGCAGGCCUGACUGGAACAAGGAGGAGACUGAGAAGGCCAUCGAGGCGCUUGUAUCUCAAGCGCGCACCCAUUGGUAUUUUGGUGCCUUUCUCCUCUCGACUGGAGAGAUGAUCGGCGAGGGUGGCUUGCCAGACUGCACUAUCAUGUCUACAUCUAACUCUGGAUGGCCCGAAGCUGAGUUUCUAAUCAAGCCACAAUACUGGCGGCAGGGCUAUGGAAGCGAGAUGUUCAAGCCAAUUAUUGACUCCUGGUGGGCUCUCCCUCGAGAGAAGAGACGUCUCCAGAUCAUUCCAGCUUUAGCCCAAGGAGCGGAAGCAGGCUCCAAGGUGCCCGAGAGUCUUGUCUUUCAAUGGGAGGAACGCAAUGCUCGGGCGCGCCAUUUCUUCGCCAAGAUGCUCGCGCAGGUCCCAGCUACUGCCGAGGGAAGCUUUGAGAGCUGUGAUACACGAGAAGGCAGAGAAGGGACUAUUGUGAAGUGGGCAGGCACACUGGUUGUCAGCCCCGAGGCAUAG